UGACUUCAUUCACACAUUAUCAUUUUUCCCUCGUAAAAUUUCACAGGAACGAAAACAGAUUUCCUACGGAGAUUUAUAAUGGGGAAUGUUGACAUCUUUUCUCCAUUCGGAAGUCACUCAGAAUACCUCGCACAAUUUUUCAACGUUAUCAUCUGCGCUUACUAAUGGCUGAUGCAAUGCAAAAUCCCCCUAGACUUUCUAUUUUUAGCCGUGUAUUGAAACCUGACAAGCUAGAGGGGGCGUUUUAAAAGGAAAAUCUUGGGGUAUUUUCAUACUUUUGAAUAAAUAUCGUCUCUAUCAAGAGGAAUUUAAUUAUCUAUUAAUAUCGAAUGAUUUAAGAAAAUAUGCGGCAAAAAUAUUUUGGGACAGACUAUAGAAUUCGUUUAUACCGAGGUAAUAGUUCGACCAUAGAAAUUAUUAUAAUAUUGGUGUAUUUAACAUCAUUUACUUUGUCUCUAACUGUAGUACAUAUACAAAAAAAGAUAUUCAGACCUGGAGAAUUGUUGCUUAUAUAGACUAUCGCUCUUUGAUAAAACAUUUCCAUUAUUCUCUAUAUCUUUUGGCAUCGUAAAUCAGAAGUAAAAAUCUUAUCAACUUCAAAUAAACAUGCUACAUUGACCCUUGUAGCAAGUGUGUUGCGACUACUGUACGUAAAAAAUGGGUAGAAAUUUCGAUUUUUUCAUCUUAUUUCUUCUCGCCUGUAACCUGAGUGGCGUGGCCCUUGGGUGUACAGCAUCAAAGUACUGUCAGAUUUUAUUGUGGGGUCCAUGGUCAAAUUGUUCUUUGGGGUGCGGACAGGGGGUGAGGUACCGACAGCCUGGGUUGUGUUGUCCUCCGGGGACGACUGUCCAGACCAUCUUUGAGGAAUGCGCGGUAAAACUCUGUAACAUGAUGGAGAGAGAGUACAACCAGACGGACACCUGUCUGUCCACGGACACCUGUACCACAGCUACGGACAAAACAAAUCCAUUUGACCCAUUUGGUUUGCUGCCUCUUAUGGUAGGGUCCACCCUUAUUGUGGCCACUCUGACGUCCGCCAUCAUAUGUAUUGUGUACUGUGCCAAACGAUACCGCAGACGCAAGGGAGAUCCUAAAAACUCCGUGCGGCCUUAUAACCAAAGAGACUCAGUCAACGCCUAGAUAUAAACCCAAGCGCCGAAAUCGGCGCCUAUAAACAGCUGAUCAUAAAUUCCUGCCGUACCUCAAUUAAUUAUGAGAGGGAAAGUGGCCUUCAAUAAAAUUAGAACUACUUUAACAAGAGCUUGGACUUUGGGUAGUUGUGUCAAACAGCAAUGUUGGCCUGUCUAUUUCAUUGCUGGCCACUCAGCCAUGGCUCUUUGAAAUUAACAAGAUUCGUGAGGUUUUUGAGCUAAAACUUCGCAAUCGGUACAUACUUCGCUUGAAACCGUGUCAUUUUUAACUUGUUUUGACGCAAGAAAUAGAUAGCUACGCCCUACUGAAAGUCCAAGGUCUUGUUAAAAUGGUUCUAAAUGGGGUCGCAUGUUAUAUAUGCUUGUAUAGAAGCUUAUAUAUGCUAAUAUAUAUGCUUAUAUCUGCUUGUAAAUUGUUAGUCGAAAAUGAAAAACAUUCUGUACCUUAAUGUCCUGUAUAUGACAAUCUUUGAUUUCACUAUUAUGAAUAUUUUUAAUGAUAUUUUCAAUAACUAGAAUUAUACUGUGGUAUUGAUCCCAUUAAAUAAAUUGUUUUAAUAUCCAUGUGAUUAUUAUACUACAUGUACAUACAAAACGUCUUUGUGUCGACUUAGAUAUAUAUGCUUUAUGCAGAGAAAACAGUUCCAGGGACUUGUCACUAUGAAGUAUUUUAUAACACUGUCUUGCAUGCCUUUAUGUUAUAAUUUGACAAUUAUUCUUUUGUCUGUCAUUUGAUUUCAUUUUGACUGUAUGCCAACAUAAUGAUUUCAAUAAACCAUUGAAUUGA